AAUGGGAGAAUAGAACAAUUUCUGCCGUCCACCACCCUCAAAAACGAAGAUAUACGCAAUCAGGAAAUUUCGCAACGAAUUGGUCGUUUAAUGGCCCAACUUUAUUUAAAGGUUCCUAAACUUUCAACGGGGAAGGUCAUACCUGAAGUGUGGGCGAACAUAAAUAAGUGGUAUGAUAUGUCUGUCAAGCUAACGACAACUGAAGAUAAAAAGAAAGCAGCGAGCCUUCCUUUGACAGCUUGUCCUCUAACUCUUGCAGUCUCUCUCCACGUCUGCCAUCUGCCAGCCGCACUUCCACCUGGAAAGUCCGGCAAACGCUCGUCUCCCAUUGAAAUUAAGCGGAUGUCUACUACAUCGAUUGAUUGUAGUCAUAAAUGUACUGUAUUCGAACACUUCCAACAAAUAUGUGUGGACUGUGGGGGUGUGCUGACCGACGUUUUAUUUGGCACACAGGCGCUCGAUAGAGCAACCGAUUACAAUUCAGGAGUGGGCGACUAUGUAUUUGAGUGGGGUUGUCAUAUACAUGCAUCAUCGAUACAUUGUAAUAGAUCUUUGUUAGGUGAUGGAAGCACAUUCAAUCGCGUAGACGAUGAAGGAUUGUUUACUGCAUCAACUGUGGACCAUUAUUUGUCUAAAAGAUAUCGAUCGGAAGCUAGAUCUAAAUUUAUCGAGUAUUACAAGAAAGCGGAAGUAUUCUGUUCAGCUCUUCACAUACAAUCUCUUACCGAGAGAGUGAAAUACAUUUUAAAAAUCUAUCUUACGAGAACCACUCAGUUAAAACGGCGUACAGAAAUCACCGUUCUCGUUGGAGCAGCAAUGGUUUUUGCUGUUAGAGAGAAUGCUAUUGCUAUUACAUUGAACGAAAUAGCUGAAGUAGCAGGCACGACAGUUCCAAGUCUCUCAUCAACAAUCCAACACAUACGAAAUUACGUUCCUGAAUUUACUAUUCAGUUGAUUGACACCGAAAAAAUUCUAGAACGAGUAAUAGAUCUAAUGUUCACCCCGGUCGCACCACUACAAGUACCUCAACCGCUUCAAGAACAACAACAAUCUGAUUCUCCUUCCAUGCUGACGACUACCACAACUUCAGCUCAACCUUCGAAACUCCUUCCGAUCUACACAACCGAAUCAGACUUGACACAUCUUUAUGAUGACAUAAAAAUGUUCUAUGACGAGACGUCCAUACCUGCAAUACCAGGCUUAUCACCCCUGAUGACUCAUUACAAGAAAAUCCUUCUUGUUAUCUCACGUGCUAUUCUUUCGUUUGCUUCCUCAUCUUUGCUAACCACUGGCCGCCAGCCCAUCCCUGUACUUGCUGCAGUUAUUCUACUCUCAAUCGAAGCAAUCGAGAAACCCAACUCGGCUGAACGUGCCAAAAAUCACAAACUGGCCGAGUCCUACGUCGCUGCUAUGCAUGGUAUCAAGCCAGAGACGGUCAUGACUACGAGGUAUAGAGAAUUAAAGCAAUUGUUAUAUCCACAGGUGUUGAAGUUACCAUGGGCAGUGCUUGCCCAUGAAACGCCUGCGAAAGGGUACUUGUAUCUGAUCGAUUUGACUCACACUGAACAAGAGGUCAUCGAUGCAUCCAAGGGAUUGCUACAAUCAUGGGCGGAGUCUGUGAAUAGGAUGGACGAAGGUGGAGAUGAUGGAGAAGAGAUAACAGAAAAGGAUUUGAGCAUUGACGAGGAGAGGGAAUAUUUAAGAACGAACGCUGAGAUUGCAGUUAUCAAGUCUGUUCGCAACCAGUAUGAAAUGGAUCUACGGGUAAAACGUAAGGGUAAUGGCAUAUCCAUUGAUGAAGAACGAACCUCUCCUGAUGAUGAACGGGUGGAUGUCAGAGAAGACAACGACGAAAGUAUUGGUCAUAGUAAUACUGCUAGUGAUAACGCAGCUGAUAAAUCUCGUAGAUCUGUUAAAAUAUUACGAAACGUCGAUGAUAUUGACAUGAAUAAAUACGACCAUAUUUGA